AUGAGAGCCACGCGGCGAAAGAAUUGCAGCAGAAGUGGUCGAAAGAGGACGAGCGUGAGGAAUCGAAGUGAGGCUACUACCGAAGCCCCUGUAGAUGUGUCUACUACUGGAUUCCCUGUUGGAGAGUCUACUAGUGAAGCACCUAUAGAUGAGUCCACUACUGAGGCCCCUGUAGACGGGUCUACGACUGAAUCUCCUGUAGACGAGUCUACUACUGAAGCCCCUGCAGAUGAGUUUACUACUGGAGCCCCUAUAGACGAGUCCACUAGUGAAGCCCCUUUAGAUGAGUCUACUACUGAGGCUCCUGUAGACGAGUCCACUACUGAAGCCCCUGUAGAUGCGUCUACUACUGAAUCCCCUGUAGACGAGUCCACUACUGAAGCCUCUGUUGGUGAGUCCACUACUGAGGCCCCUGUAGACGGGUCUACUACUGAAUCUCCUGUAGACGAGUCUACUACUGAAGCACCUAUGGGUGAGGCUACUACUGAAGCCCCUGCAGAUGAGUUUACUACUGGAGCCCCUAUAGACGAGUCCACUAGUGAAGCCCCUGUAGAUGAGUCCACUACUGAGGCCCCUGUAGACGAGUCCACUACUGAAGCCUCUGCUGGUGAGUCCACUACUGAGGCCCCUGUAGACGGGUCUACUACUGAAUCUCCUGUAGACGAGUCUACUACUCAAGCACCUAUGGGUGAGGCUACUACUGAAGCCCCUGCAGAUGAGUUUACUACUGAAGCCCCUGCAGACGGGUUUACCACUGGAGCCCCUAUAGACGAGUCCACUAGUGAAGCCGCUGUAGACGACUCUACUACCGAGGCCCCUGUAGACGAGUCUACUACUGAGGCUCCUGCAGACGAGUCCACUACUGAAGCCUCCGUUGGUGAGUCCACUACUGAGGCCCCUGUAGACGAGUCCACAACUGAAGCUCCUGUGGAUGAGUCUACUACUCCUACAGCCACCCUGACUGAGUCUAUGACUACUGGAGCCUCUUCAAUGGUGUCCACCACUGAAUCCUCUAUGAUGGAGGCUACUAGCACUGGAGCUCCGGUAGUUACCAGUGCGCCUCCUAUUGGCGACGUCACUGAUGCUCCUCCCAUCCUCCCAUAA